GUAAUCUUUCUUCUAAUCACAGUACCUUCAUCUUCAUUUUCAUUUCGACCCAAUUAUGAGUUUCCUGAACUUCCCUAACGCCACCCCGCGCCAACCACCCCAGAACACCUCCAACCAACAGCCACCCCGCCAACACCAACACCAACACCACUAUUACGAUUGCACGAAAGUCUCCAAAUGACAUCCCCAUUUCCACAACCUCGCACUCCCUUAUCUCCCUCAAGAUCCUUCCUCCUCUUAUUUUUCCUCCCUCUCCUACACUCAGUAUGACUAUUCCCUCGAUGGAGAAACGAGCUUCGAUCCAGACUAUUCACAGCCAACAAAUAACACAUUGAUUAAGAAACAUUUUCGUACGCUAGCAAGGAUUUUACAUCCGGACAAAUAUGAGAGAUAUGUUAGGGACAGUCCGCCGCCUAGAAACCCUCUACACCACAUUCUCCCCUUCCUCGCUUCACCCCCUCCCUACCAUGAAACCCCCACCUUUUCCCCCACUCACGCUCUCGCUCUCCUAACUCACGCCUAUAAAACCCUCACAACGCCUUCCCUGCGAACCGAGCACCAAGAAACUUGUUCAGAUUCAGAUUUCGGCCCCCGCUUCGACUUUCAAUUCAAUACGAAUCCAAUUAUAGAAAAUGGAUGGGUUACCAUGUAUGAAAAGGAAGUGAAAGGAUGGGGCAGAAAACCUUGGUUUUGGGAAUACGAAUUUGGAGUUGGACGGACAGAAAGACUGAUACUUGAGGAACCGGGAAACAUAGGAUGGAGCGAGCGAGCCUUUGGCACUUUUGGAUAUAUUGGAAAAGAAAGAAGUGAAAACGAUAGAAGCAGAAUUGGUGCAAAAGGAGGAGAUGGGAUGGGUGUAGGGACUGAGGAGACCUUGGUAAAUUUGGGACAUUAUUAUAUUGACAAUUUUCUGCCGAGGGUCGUGACGGAUUGGGUGUGGGAGAUGUGUGAGCAUUGGAGAGAGUUUCGCGGUUACGGCUUUUCUCAUUCUCUCCCUCAAUCUCCAUCCACUCCCCGCCAAAAACCCCUCACUCGUGCCCGCUCCAACCCCACCGGACGGAACCGAGGAGAAUGGUAUCCCCUACGUGAAGCACCUGGUCCCUUUGCUUCGAGUUUACGUUUAUUCAAUUCUGCCGAAUAUGCUCUUUUGAAUCAUGAAAGAGAGAGAGAACGGGGGAAACAGACAAUGAGUCUUGGUCCACAUUGCGAGGGGAGAAUUUGGUGGGUUUGGAUUCCUGCGUCUGCAGGGGGUAGUGUAUCUGAAUUAGGUAUUGGUAGAUUGGCUGGAAGUGGAGUGGAUAGCUUACGUGGGAGGACUUUAGCUGAACUUCCCUGGUCACACCGCUCCCACAAUACGGACGUCUCGCUCCUUGCAUCAGGAAAAGCAAACCCCAAAGAGGUCUUUCAACCACAAGUCUUAGAUAAUCUGAUUGGCAUCUUUCAAAUUUUGGCUGGGCUUUGCAUUUGGAUAGUUACGUUUUUGAUCAUGAGAAGGGUUUGGAGGAGGAUUUUGGAGGGCGGUGGGGGAGAAGUUCGACCUCAAACGAUAGGAAAUAUGGAAAGAGAAUUGAAUAUGGGGGAUAAACGCAUUCAGAAAGAAAUCGAGACUCAGAUAGGAGGGUACUUUGGAACAGAAAUGGACACGGCGGAUAGACGUGUUGAGACUCAUCCUUCAAUUCAAACGAGGGGCAAUGCGGGUAGCGGGGUAGAGAGGGUGGCGAAUAUGGAUGAUACAUGUGUUCAAACUCAAAUUCGACGACCUCAGACUCAGAAUCGACUUUCUGCAAUCGCUACAUCAUGUUCUUAUUCAAGUGACGAGAAUUGCGAGACUAGCCAGAGUUGCGAGAUGUAGGAGGGUGAUGGGCUUGUCAAGAGUAAGAACAAUUGACGCUAAUUUAUUCGAAUGGCAAUCAUAGGGGUCAUGGUAGUUAUGUAAGGUGUAAAAUUUGAUCAAUAGAAGUAUUAUGUGCGGCGAAUUACUCUCAUAUUCCUGAACGUGAAUCA